AUGCCCAAGGUCACCACUCUGCUUUUCGACUGCGACAACACGCUGGUCCUGUCCGAGGACAUGUCCUUUGCAGGCUGUGCAGCACUCGUCAACGAAAUGUGCGAGGGCAAGCACCUCGACCUGCCCCCUUUCACUGGCGACACCCUCAUGCGACAGUUUGUCGGUCAGAACUUUCGUGGUAUCAUGAAGACUCUCCAACAGCAGUACGGCUUCACGCUCUCGCAUGACGAGACAGAGAGCUAUGUCCGUCGUGAGGUCGAUAACCUUGUCGCCAGGAUCCACGUCGAGCUCGAGCCAUGUGAGGGCGUUGACGCUGUGCUGCGCGAUGUGCAAGAAAAGUAUACGCUUGCUGUCGUGAGCUCGUCCGCGAUGCCAAGGGUCCAGGCCUGUAUCAACAAGGUCAACCAGGCCCAGUUCUUUGGCGACAGGGUGUAUUCGGCAGCCACCAGCCUCAACCCGCCCACGACCAAACCCGACCCAGCCAUCUACCUCCAUGCCAUGAAGGAGCUUGGCGUGCAUGCAUCAGAGUGCGUCGCUAUCGAGGACAGCCGCAGCGGCACGCUUUCCGGCACCCGCGCGGGAAUCAAGGUUAUUGGGUACGUGGGUCCGUACCCGGCCCACGAGCGCGAGGAUAUGGCCAAGGCGCUGAAGGACGCCGGGGCGGUGAUAAUCAUGGACGAUUGGCGUGAUUUCGAGACGGUGCUGGCCAAGCUCGAGGCGGGGUCGGUCUAG